AUGGUCGUCACUAGUCGUUCAAGAUCAACCCUUACCCUAAACCAACAAGCCUUGCUAAACAACCCAUCUUCUGUUGAUACCUCCGUAUUUUACGUUGGUGUUGAUGUUGGAACAGGGAGUGCCAGGGCCGCUGUUGUUGAUAAUACUGGUUCAAUUUUAGCGUUAGCUGAAAGACCAAUCAAUAGACAAGAAUUGAAACCAGACUAUAUCACUCAAUCCACUACUGAAAUUUGGGACGCCAUUUCAUACUGUGUCAAAUCAUCUGUUCGUGAUGCAGGCGUUGACCCUGCCCAAAUCUUGGGUAUUGGGUUUGAUGCUACUUGUUCCUUGGUUGCGGUUAAUUCCAAAGAUGAUUCUCCAUUUGCUGUUGGUCCUGAUUUCCAAAACCCAGAUCAAGAUGUCAUUUUAUGGAUGGAUCAUAGAGCAGUUACUGAAACUGAUGAAAUUAACGCCACUGGUGACAAGUGCUUAAAAUAUGUUGGUGGUACAAUGUCAAUUGAAAUGGAAUUACCAAAGAUGAAAUGGUUGAAGAACAAUUUACCAAGUGAAAAGUUCAAACAAGCUAAAUUUUACGAUUUGGCAGAUUUCUUAACCCACAGAGCUACUGGUUCCGAAGCUAGAUCUUAUUGUUCAACAACCUGUAAACAAGGCUUCUUACCACCAGGAGUUGAAGGAUCCAAGCAUGGGUGGUCAAAAGAGUUUUUAGAAACAAUCAAUAUGCCUGAAUUAGUUGAAGACAAUUUCAAGAGAUUAGGUGGUGCACCAGGUCUUGGUGGUCAAUGGUUAAGUGCCGGUGAUACAGUGGGUCCAUUAUCUGAAAAAGCCGCUGAAGAAUUAGGCUUAACAACAAGUACUUAUGUUGGAUCAGGUGUCAUUGAUGCUUAUGCUGGUUGGGUUGGUACCGUUGCAGCUCAAACUGAUAUUGAUAUCCCUGCUUUAGUGGAGAGGGAAGAAAGCAAAAAAGGUAUGGAUAAAUCUGCAGGUAGAUUAGCAGCCGUUGCAGGUACUUCAACUUGUCACAUUGCCCUUUCAAAAGAUCCGAUCUUUGUUGAAGGUGUCUGGGGUCCUUAUCGUGAUGUUAUUGCACCAGGGUUCUGGUUAGCUGAAGGUGGACAAAGUUGUACUGGUGCUCUUUUAGCUCAUGUUUUAAACACACAUCCUGCCUACUCAGAAUUGGCUAGACUAGCUGAUCAAUCUAAUGUUUCCAAGUUUGAUUACUUGAAUUCAAGAUUAGAAGCUUUAACAAGACAACGUGGAUCUAGAUCAGUUGUUGCUUUAGCCAAACAUUUAUUCUUCUACGGUGACUACCAUGGUAAUAGAUCCCCAAUUGCCGAUCCAAGAAUGAAGGCUGCUAUUGUUGGUCAAUCAAUGGAUACUUCAGUUGAUGACUUGGCCGUCACUUAUUUAGGUGCCUGUGAAUUCAUUGCUCAACAAACUAGACAAAUUGUGGAAAAGAUGGAAAAAUCCGGUCAUAAUUUGUCUUCCAUCUUUAUGUCUGGUGGUCAAUGUAGAAAUGGUUUAUUGAUGAGAUUAUUAGCUGAUUGUACAGGUUUACCAAUCAUUAUUCCAAGAUACAUUGAUGCUGCUGUUGUCUUUGGUGCUGCAUUAUUAGGUGCUGUUGCUGCUAAAGAUGCAAUCAAAUCAAAAUCGAGAUCAAGAUCAUCUUCAUUCAAACUUCCUUCAAGCUUGGUUAAUAAACCAUUAGAUCUUGCUACUGCUCAAAAAGAUUUGGCUUCACCAUAUACUGCUCCUUCAGCCACUGCAAGUACUACAAAUAUGUCUGCAAUUGCACAUUCUUCAGGUGGUUUCCCAUUCCCAAUGACCCCAGCUAAAGAGGCAACAUUGGAUGAAGAAGAUUCAGAAGGUGAAGAACAAACUAUUUCAUUUGGUUCAAAUAAAACAACUCAAAAAGAUGUUAGUGAAAAGAUUAAAGACUUAAAAAUACAAGAAGCUAAAAAGAAUCAAGAACCUGGUGAAGAAUUAUGGAAUGUUAUGGUUAAGUUAUCUGGUGGCGGUAAAGUUGUUGUUCCAUGUCCAGAAGAUAAUCCAGAUAGAGUCUUAUUAAAUGCUAAAUAUAAAAUCUUUUUAGAUCAAGCUGAAACUCAACAAAAAUAUCGUGAAUUGGUUGAUGGUGUUGAGAUAGCUCUUGCCAAAAAGACUAAAGCUUAG